GUUGUUGUUUUCGCUCACAGCAGAACAGUCGACAUCUUUGACAUAGAUUGCAUUCCCCAACGUUAUAACAGCAUUUUUCCAGCUUUGUUCACCACCAAAGGUUUCAGUUUGGGAAACCCGGAGACCCAAAGGGACCAGUGGAGUUUAUCUGUAUUCGCUCUGUGUUCAGUGAAACUUGUUAUCGUCUUAUUUGAAGGUAUGGUAGCAGUAACGUCUUUUCUGAGCCGUUAGCUGCAGUUGCUAGCUAGCAUGACUAACAGCUGAUAACGCGGUCGCACUUCGUUAAAACUACCUUUAUCCGUUAUAUAUACCCGCGGAGUAGUUGGUAUGUAGUUUGUUUUUGACUGUCCAUGUAGUUAACUACUUUUUAAUCUCUAAACUACUCUUGGAAAGGCUCUGUUAUAUGAUCUCGACAGUGUUGUGAAAUGUGACGUGGCCUCAAACCGCCGUAAACCCAAAUCCUGGUGUCCCGUGACCAUGCUGUCUUGGAAAUAACCCACUAAAAACAAGAACUAUGUUGUUAUUUGAGGAUAAAGCUGACAGUGGAAAAUGUGUGCACCGAUAGUUUCACUCUCGAUAUUACGUGUUCGAGCAUUCUCAGUAAGAAGCAGCAUUGUCCGUGGUUGUAAACAGCAGCAGCAGUGAACAGGGCGUUACUGCUGAGACACAACAAGGAUCCGUGAUUAUACCUCUUUUCAAGGCUCCAUUUCUGGAUAAUGUUGUACAAAUACACAUCAAAAUGGCAUAGCAUUAUGGACACCUGGAUAAUUAAACACAAUCCAUAAAAGGAACAUAAUGUUAGGAAUCCUUUUCCAUGUAUUAUACACUCCAGUACACCAUCAACAACUACAAUUUCCAUCAGUAAAUUACAGAAUAAUAUUACCUAUCUAUCUGAUCAAAGACUUUGAGUGUAGAAACUUCCUUCAGGUUGUUCCAUGGAGUUGUAUUAGAUUGCUCAGGUAUUCAUACUGUUAGGAUAUAGACAUUUUAGAUAGAUAGAUAGACUUUAUUGAUCACAAACUGGGAAUUCCCCGUGUUACAGCAGCAAUAGAAACACAAAAUGAAAUUAAAUAUAAGAGGUAUGUACAAUACAGACUAAAUAUACUAAAUAUAUACAAUAAAUACAAACUAAAUAUACUAAACAUCCUAAGAGAAAAAAGUGAGAUAUGAAAAAAGUGGGCUAUCCACUGGUAGUGCUUUUGUAUCAAAAUACCUCAAAAACAUUUUUCAUCAUGUACAACAUUAAACUGGAUCACUUUGUCUUACGGACGAAGUACCUGUGUCCUUCAGCGAUGAAAGUACUCCUUAUAAUGGGAAAAAAAAUCAGGGGGAAUGUCUUUCUGAUCAGUGCCUUGACAUAUUUUUGGUGUGUACGACUUAACAUCGCAAUCAAAAGACAUGUGCGACAUAGCAUAAAAUGAGAUAUCUAUCUAUCUAUCUGUCUAUCUAGUUUUCAAAAUUACCAAGCUGAUCAAGUUUUAUUUUUGUUGUCUUAUAAUGUCCUCACACUUUAUUAGUCCUUUUAAAUGCCUUUUGUAUCAUAUUUGAUACAUACUUUUAUGAUACUUCUAUCAAAUCAAUAUGAUCAACAAACGUCUAGAAUAGCGCCUGAAUGCAGUCCGAUAAUUAAUAAAAAUGUCCUCUUGUGGGUUAUUAGUUUCCAAAAACCUCUAAUGUAUAAAACAAGAUAAAUAAAUAUAUUUGUUAAAUUUUAAGGAUUGUUUUUUCUAUUUCAGCUCCAAAAAAAUGUGAAUUUUCUGGCCAUAAUUUGUGGCUUUUGGCAUUAAAGGGUUAAUGAGUAUAUGUGUUAGUGAUCUGAUUCAGAAAGUAAAAUCAGAAUAGAGCUCACUUCACAUACAUAACAAGUCAUAAGGUAUUUGUUUUAGUUUUUUGAGACACUGGAACAAUACUCUCUUUGAUACAAUACUCACUUUAAACUUGUAAGCUGAAGCUGUUUUUUUGUUGUGUAGAUUUUCUAUUUCAUAUGUUUUUAUGAGCUUUUAUGGACUUUAACUAAAGUCAUAAGUCUUUUGUAUUGACUGGAUUGCCUCCACAUGUGGCUUUCACACAUAGAGCUAAUUUGUCCAGGCAUACAUGGGAAACCAGAUGAUAGAUGUGUAAUUAACACCAUCCAGUCCUAGUAUGACCUCAGUAAAACACUUGAUCUAAAGAUGCCAACAUCUCAUGUUGCUAUAAACAAUCAUGUGAUCUUCAGGAUGUCAAUAUCGUCUGGUGACUGAGUGCUCUGGUUGGCGAAGUCAGCCAGUGCUCUCUCUCCUUUGUCUGCUCAGUAAAUAAUGCUAUUGUGAGGUGCUUCAUGUUUUCUGGUGCUGUUUUCAGAUGAGCAGCCAGUACCAGCGCUCAGUACCACUGGAGGUGAGGAGAGCAGAGGGAGAGAGAGUCCGGGCCAAGCAUCCGGAUAAAAUACCGGUAAAAAUGGAAAAUCAAAGUUAUAUUUCUUAUAAUCUUGAUUAUAAAGCCAUGAUUGUGAUCAAAGUUCUUUAUUUUGUAAUUUCAAUUCAGUUCUAAGUUUCUUGUUUUGAUGCUCAGUUAUUCAGAUCACUCUUGUUGAAUCUUUUCACAUGGUUACUUUAAUCUCUUUAUCCCCCAGUGAUAAAUUGUCUUGUUUGUUUUGGUCUUUUUUUGUAACAGAUCAUUGUCGAGAGAGCCUCACGGUCACGAGCUCCUGAACUGGACAAGAAAAAAUAUCUAGUUCCCUCAGAUUUAACAGGUAAAUCAUAACAUUUAAUCAUCGUAUGUUGUUGUGUUUCUUGUAAUUGGACUUAUUUGGGCCUUUUUUUAUAUCGAUACUGUUUAAAAGUCUCAACUGUAACGGCCAGUAACUUGGGCAUUCCCGCAGCUUCUUGUUUUCUUCCUGUGCUCGUAAAAUGAAACUUACAGCCUGAAUUUCCAACAAUCUCACCGUCUUCCUUUUUUUAGUGGGCCAGUUGUGCUUCCUGAUCCGUCAGCGCGUUUCUUUGAGACCGGAGGAGGCACUCUUCUUCUUUGUCAACAAUUCCCUUCCCCCUUCCAGCUCCCCUCUCUCUGCAGUAUAUGAGGUAACUGCACCCUCCCACAAACACUCACCACAUGACUUACCAGCAUUACACAGACGUAUUUACCAACUGUUCAAUAGAUGCAAAAAUUUGGCUUACACAGACAUAUUCUUCCCUGGUCUUUGACAAAACUGUCCCCAUGUCUAACAGUCGGGUUAUGAAGCAAUGUUACUGCACGUUUUUUCUUCCUCUGAGAAGUACCCUGACCAUAAACCUGUGAACUCUUGACUCACAUGAUUGUAAAGUCAGACUGAAAGUGAUAUCAAAACCAGAAUGCAGUUUGUGUGUUGAGGUUUUAAAGACUGAGUUUACAAAAAUCCUUCACGUCAGAAGAGAAAUAUUUAGGGAUGAUUCAUCUACUGUAGCUUUACGAUCAAUGCGCCCGAUCAGCUUUUAGUAUAAUAAUGAGUGCACAUAGUGAAGUUCACAGGCUGUGUUCAAUCCUCUAUUAUUCUCUGCUUGUUUUUUUUCCAGGAGCAUCACGAAGAGGACCUGUUUCUGUACAUGACCUACAGUAAUGAGAGUGUGUAUGGUGCCUGAGGGAGGACAAAAGACUGGAGAAAGAAAGAGAGUGAGAGAAUGAGAGGAGAAUGAGUGAGACUCGCUAAGGAAUAAAAAGUUCAGGCUGUUCGUAAUGCUUCAUGCCACUAUUAUUCUUUAUAUUAGUUUUGAUAAGUAACUACAGUACAGUACAGUACCAGUGUAUGAAAGGCUUCAUACAUACAAGGCACAGGGGGGAGGGGUGUUGAAUGGGUUACCUUUGACAGUAUUUCAGGGUGAGUGUAAUAAAAUGUAGUACCCUUAUAGAACACUGCAAGCUAUCGUGAUUCCUUACUUGGUGAAAGAAGAAACAGGAAUGAUAAAAAGAAAAAAAAGUUUUCUGAAUUAUGUUGAGGGGUCUCUCAUUAUCUUUCUCAGUCAUCUGUAUUUAAUGCAAAUAGUAUUUUGUUUUUGUAAAUUAAUAUCAUAAACUUUUGUGGAAAAUAAAGAUAAAAAUGCACAAUAUA